UUUGUGCUUGCAACAGUCAUGAAACACAAGAUAUUUCUCCUUUAAUCACGAGGGAGGAGAUUGUGGAACCAAUUAGCUACAGAUUACUGAGAGAGAGAAAGAGAGAGAGAGAGAGAAGAUGCUUUUGUGGAUGCUAGGCUUCAAGAAGCGGCAAGGAUGUAAGAAAACCAAACCGAAGUUAACAGGAAAUAAGAAAAACUGGGUCCCAUGGCAGAUAUGUGACUGGUGGGCAAGAUUAAAGCAAGAGAGGUUCUCAACCCCACAACUGCAAACGCCAAGACUCUCUUUGAAAAACUUGUGGUGUCCAUCAAUUGAGCAAAUACCAUAUGAGUCAAACCAAAAGUUGGCAUAACAAAACACACCUAUUGAUUCCAGCGCUAUCUCGUUCAUUUGUUAUGUCUUUGUUGCCUGCUUAUUAAAUCCCCAUAUUUUCCCACACCCUCCUCCAAUCCCUUCUAAUAUAUAAAAGAAAAACAUCUUUUUUCUCCCCCUACCCACCGAUCCUAGUCCUUGCCAUCGUCAUCAUUAUCACCAACCAACCCCAACAACAACAACAGCUGCCUCUGCUUAUCAUCUUAUUUGAUUAUUAAAACAGCUUGUUUUCUUUUGUUUCUGUGUCGUAUUAUUUUAUUAUUUGAAAAAGAGAUGAAUAUUUUUGCUGGUUGAUUGGGAGAGGAUGAGAGUGAGAGAGAAUUAUGCGAACCCUUUGUGACGCUUGUGAAAGUGCUGCUGCUAUAUUCUUCUGUGCUGCUGAUGAGGCUGCUCUUUGCCGUGCCUGUGAUGAAAAAGUCCACAUGUGCAAUAAGCUUGCUAGCCGGCAUGUCCGGGUCGGUCUGGCAAAUCCCAGUGAUGUACCUCGCUGUGACAUAUGUGAAAAGGCACCUGCUUUCUUUUACUGUGAGAUAGAUGGAAGUUCCCUUUGUUUGCAAUGUGAUAUGAUUGUACAUGUUGGAGGUAAAAGAACUCAUGGAAGAUAUCUUCUAUUAAGGCAGAGAGUAGAGUUUCCAGGGGAUAAACCUGGUAAUAUAGAGGACCCAGCUUCACAACCAGUGCCAGUGGGUCCCAAUGAGACCAGAAGAUACCAAAAUCAGACAGCUAAACCAACAGUGGGAGAGAACCAACAAAAUCACAAGGUUUCUCCUGUUCAAGGGAUAGAUGCUAAUCCUGAUGGCCAUCUCAACAUGGACCCUAAAAUGAUAGAUUUGAAUAUGAAGCCUCAUCGAAUACAUGGGCAUGCCUCCAACAAUCAGGAACAAUAAUUCGCUGUUCGUAGCAGACUCAAUGAUGAUUAGGAAACCUGCUUGGUUCCCAGUUGGUUAAAUUUUAUUUUGAAGCCAGAAGCCUGGAGGGCCUUAUUUUUACAUAUGUUCAUCCUUAGCUGGUCAACUUAUCAUCUCCUUUGCCUCUCCUUAAACUAGCUUAGUUGUUUAAGAGUAGUUUUUCAGACAGCUUUCAUAGCUCAUACUUCAAAGUAAAAAGAAUGUAAUCCACUGGAAAAGGAUUGAUCUGUAAUCUAUCAUCCCUUUGUUUUAGAAACGGCACUUUUUUUUUGUGACUUCUUAAAGCACUUGCGAGUAUGUGAUAAUGCUUGAGAUUAAUGCGUAAGAAGUAAUGUUAUACUGAUAUUAACAUGACAAGGGUUCUCAGGUAAAGUGAUCGACUCUGUUGUUUAUCCUGAAGAGACUACAAGAAAGGGUGAAGAAGAAAAGGAGAAAAGCAAAAGGAAACUCUUCUCUUUUUGGUUUAUUGAUGAUGAUGAUGAUGAUCAGGGCAACCUUUAUUGCAUGAAAUUUUGAGUUGUAUAUGAUCAUGGACAAAAUCUAAACCCAUUUUAUUGAUUUUUAAAGGGUUUUGAUUGCAUGUUUUAUUAAAGUUUCGCCGUCUUUAAAUUAUUUAGAUCAAUACUUCAUUUGAAUAUAC